AUGAAAAUACUGAUAACACUUGAAUUCAUAUUAAUUCAUCAUACUUUUCCAAGUCAAACAUUUGAAAUUGAUGAUCUUUGCCAGUUCAUAGCAGACGACUUUACUCCGGAAGUAUUUGAAGGAAAAAAUCCAAAAGUUGCAAACAAGGCCAUUAAAACCAUAUUUUUGCUUUCUAAGAAAAAGCUACUCAAUGGGGCAUACGCUAUUAGCUCUGGGGUCUACGAUAAGAUUAUGGACACAAUCAGACAGAGCUCCAACUUUAAUUCAGCUGCUGUUUAUAAGAGGGUACAGGAUCUGAAAAUCUUGCCAUAUGAUACUGACCUAAGAGCCUUUGGAGAUGAAACAAACUCUGUUGUUUUUUAUUGUGGAUUUACACGGCAUGCAAUGUUGUGUGAAAUUUUCAAGGUCCUUAUUUAUAACAGUGGCGAUGGGUUAGAAUAUCACCCAGGGUACCGUGUUGGCCCAAGGAUAAAAUGUUCACCAGUUGUCAUAUACGAGGGUCCUCCGUUUCUUAUCAAUGAAGCCUGGGUUGAGGCUGCAAUGGACUUUGGCUCGUAUGAAAAAGUGGUUACCAAUUUCUAUCCCAGACUUUUGGGCGUUUUUCAUAGAUCCAAUCAAACCUAUGCCAUUUUUACUGAUCCCCAAAGAACAGGAACGUGUGCCUUUUCAUCUUACCAUGCAUAUUUUAAAUUUAAGCUCGGUGAGAUUGAGUAUAAAAAGAUCUUUACAGUUGCAUCCUUAAGCGCUCUGCAGCAUUUUGUAAAUGAAGAAUCUUCCGAUUUUGUUUCAAAAUCAUAUGUCUCACAGUAUUCUCUUUAUUUUUCCUUGUUGAAGCUAGGGCAGUCAAGCGAGAGCCGCAAAAGAACCGAAAACUUGAGUCAUAAAGCAUUAUCAUCUGCGGCUAAUGUCUUGAACAAGAUAGGAAAGUUUCACUUUUUAAGAUGGAAUGUUGAUCUUGUUGAUACGAUGUUCAGAUAUUUGGUUGAAAUUGGAAAUGGCGCAUUUGGAACGAAAGAGCAUGCCUUUUUUGACGAUCUAAAGGUAGCCUAUGAUCAAUUCCAAAUUGUCAAAAAGAAAAAUCUUUUUACCGCCGUUCCUGCAAACAUAGCUGAUAAUAGACGCAUAAAAGCCUCAUUUUCUAAAAGCUAUUGGGAUGAUUUCAAGCUCGGGUCUUAUAAAAAACUAUCCACUGAGGACAGAUUUUACUGUGAGCUUCCCCAUUUCGAAUAUCAAAAUGUUGUGUAUGAUCCUGCAAAGUUCACUGAAUUUUCAACCUCAAUUUUGUGUUUUUUAUCCAAAGAAAUCGCCUAUCAGCCAUGCUUUUUGGGCGAAGAGACAUCCCUAAUUUCAUAUCUGGAUUCACUGACAUUUCGGGUCAUGCCAAUGGUAGACAAAUUUCAUUCAUCUAAUCUCGAAAAAAUGGACUUUCUUUACAACUUGUUCACCAAAACACUGCUUUUAUUGGACUAUGAAAAUGAUCUGUUUAUAUAUCAAAAGGCUCUCAUUUUAGUUGAGAUUUUCAGCUCCUACAAAGAAAUAUACGCUCGUCAUUUAAAGGUCUCUCUGAAUAAUGAUGAAAAUAAGUUUAAGGCUAUCAAUGAUCAGAUUAUUGAAAAGAUAUCACCCUCUUUUUUAUAUUCCAAUGAAAUCGAUCUUCUGGGAAGAAAAUUACCAGACUGUAUGAAAAAUAUUUACUUUCAUCCUGAGGAUAUAGAAAUUACCUCUGAAUUGGUCUCCAUAUUGUUUAAAGACGACAGCUACCCUCCGAGUUCAGAUGAGAUGGAAAAGUUUUUCAAU